AUGUCGUGUAUUCAAUCGUCCCACGUCUCAAACUUCCUUUUCAUUACCAUUAUCAUUCUACCUCGUCUGCACUAUGCUAUCCCAUCGAGUUCAGCCAGAUACCCAACUGCCCCCGUUGGCUAUAUCGCUGCCGCCACCGCCACCGCCACCGCUGCCAUUACCACUACAAUAACCAACGAAUAA